CAAACAUUGGAUAUAGACAAACAUCUUCAACAAAAAUCAAUUUUGUUUAAUCUACUUCUCUAUCAAAUUCGAAUCAAAACAAUAAUUCCAACUUGUAAUUUCGAGAAAAUAGAUAAAAAUGCAACGGUGAGUAUGAAAAAAAUCUGUAGAUUCUAAAAAAUGUAAUGCUGAGUAAGCUCACCGAAAGAAAUCCUCCUGGGCAGUUCCGGUGGCAGUUCUCACCCUCCCCAGUCUUGGGCCGCUCCGUGGGUUUUGUAUUAGUCGAGUACAUCAUAAAGUAGCGGUUGCAGAUUCGUGCUCUCGGAUGCGGCAUCCCUUCUUCUUCUAGCCUUCUUAGUAGAUCGAUCGAUAAAUGAUGAUACCUCUCAAGGAUUUGGUGCCAGCAGCCCAGAACAAAGUGAAUACCCAAUUCAUAGUUUUGGAGAAAGGCAUGACAACGAUGGAAGGACAAAACAAGGUAUGCCAAUCACUGGUGGCCGACGAGACAGCAGCGGUUCACUUCCAGCUAUGGGGAGAUGAAUGUGAUGUUGUUGAGCCGAGCGACAUUAUACGGUUAACGAAUGGGAUAUUUUCGUACAGUCGAAACAAUAAUCUGGUGCUGAGGGCAGGGAAGAGAGGGAAGAUUGAGAAGGUAGGAGAGUUCAAGAUGGUGUUCGUAGAGACACCAAAUAUGAGUGAGAUCCACUGGGUUCCAGACACCAUUAACUCCAACAAGUAUGUGAAAGAAUCUGUUUUAUCUCCUUAUUCUCGCAUCUUUCCUCCCAUUCGUUGAUAGUCUUAUGCUGGUUGGUUGUAGACCAAAUUUGAGAAAGAAAGGUCAAGGAAAGAGUAGAUGCACAAAAACAUCUUGAUUCUUAAUGCAAAUGGUUUAUUGCAAAAACAGGAAUUAUCUUUGUACAGAUUUGAAAGUUAAAUUUAAAUUUAUAGUUUAUUCAAUAAGUAUGAUUUAUACUUC